AUGUCAUUCAGGGCAACCAUCACAGAUCCGGGGAAGCAGAAUAUCUGGUUUCGUGCGAUUUAUGUUCUAUCUACAAUUCAAGAUGAUAUCAAGAUUACUGUGACGACAAAUGAGUUGAUCGCGUGGUCAAUGAAUGAAACUGAUACCACGCUUUGUCAGAUCAGAUUUGAGAAGAGUUUUUUUGAAGGAUACGAAUUUAAGCCUCAUGAAAUCGUGUUUGGGGAGAAUGGGAUCCAAGUCAUAGACGAUACGUACGGUGAUAACCAUAAACUAUAUUCCUUCCGAGUUAAUGGAAAGCACUUGACAACUAUUUCGAGAAAGCCAGACAGCGACGGCAUAAAAUCAUUCACUAUUGCAGUCAAUAAUACUUCUACAUGUCCUGAGUCGCUCGCAAAUAGGUUGAUUGUAGUAAUUGAAAUGGAUUCGUUGAUAGUAAAAGAAUACUGUCCUCAGUUUCAGCCAAUUAAAUAUGAUCCUAUUAUAAUCGAUUUGAAGUACAAAAGAAAAUUUUUGGACGUUUUUGGAACCGCAGCUUCCGAUCGGAAUCCGCAAGAGCCGUUGGACCCUAAACUAUUGGAGGUUUUCGUAAGUACUGAACGUGAACUAACAUCUGCUCUAUUUAAUGAAGAUGUUGAAUCAGACAUACGGAAAAGAAAUCAACUAACAGCUGCUGACGAAAUAAAUUACGUCUGUUGCAGCUCAACACUGUUAAAAAACUUUCUAGAUAACUGCAAUGUAAACGUGACUGACGAGGUAAAACUAGAAAUUAACGUCCACAAGUUGAGCAUAACAGCAUUUACUAAAGCAGUGUACGGAAAAAAUAAUGACCUAUUGAGAAAUGCAUUAAGUAUGAGCAACACUAUUAGCACAUUAGACCUUGAACAUUACUGCCUCUUCACAACCGUAGACGAUGAAAAAGAAGAGAAGCGAUCACAUAGCAAGCGUAAAGAACAUACAAAAAGCAUUGUUUUUAAGCUAAAAGACUUCAAAAACUUUAUAACCAUUAGCCCAUCCUGGAAAAGUUCACAAGGUGGAAAUGACAAUAUAAGUUUAUGGUUCUGUCAUCCAGGAGAUCCUAUUCUGAUGCAAAUGCAGAAGCCAGGUGUGAAGCUAGAAUUAGUUGAAGUUACCGAUAGUAACAUCACCGAUGAUUCAAUGGGAGGGAAGUAUAUAAAGGCAGCCAUUUCGGGCCCCAAAGAAGAAACCGGAAAGCAAGAAGUCAAAGAAGGGUAUGAAAGCCCGCUAAGGAGUAGGAUUGCGCUUCAUAGAGAAACCCAGUCAACUUCCGUCACUAGCACUCGGAAGAGUCCUCUAAAAACAUCAUCUCUUGUCCCAGGUAGUGGUAAUGCGGUUACCAAGAGCUAUAGAAAUAACACGGCAAAGAAGUUAUUUGUAGAAGAGCAGAGCCAAACUAUGAGUUACGGAGGAAAGAGCCUGUUCGAGCAGGACAUUUUGGUUAAUACAAAUGUGAAUAAGGAAAGGAUUCUUAAAGGUAGUGAAGCUUACCAGUCUAAUGCGUUGAAGAGGUCUAGAAACGAUAUUCGUAAUGGAGCCGAAGAUGCUUCCCAAGAGUCAACCGUCGCAAAAAGAGCCGAUACCACAGUGACUUGGGGAAGAACAUUACCAACUUCGGAUGACGGGGUUUCGUCCAACGAGGUCAACAAGAGAGAAAUGCUAAAGAGAGAGAAACUAAAGCAUUUACAGGGUCUGAUGCAUUCUAGAAAUGGUUCAAAUAAUAACAAAAGUCAGGACGAUAAGGAAGAGGAAGGCGGGCUGGGCCCUACGCAAGUUGAGAAGCCAAGGGGUUUGUUCGAUUGA